UGUGUUGUGUGCGUUAAAAAGCUUUCCUAUCGGACUCAUUAACAGCUUUUAUCUCUGUGUCUCGCUCCGUCUUUCUACUUUCUCCUUGCGCAUCUCUCUCAUACAUGUACAUACAGUUACUAUACACACGCAUACCUUGCAAUUGUGGUUCAAUUGUAUAUACAGAUAUACUGCAGAAAGUAGAAUCAUAUUGAUCGUUUUGUUGCCUUCACGUCAGCUCUCAAGAAUAAGCAAGGGCCGAGAGUUCGGAUGCAAUUUUCGAAUACGUCUCUACGUCUUGUCGAGUUAGAAAAUAUUGUAAGAGUGAAUCCAAAAUGACUGACUCCAAAUACUUCACAACCACCAAAAAGGGUGAGAUAUUCGAAUUGAAGUCGGAGCUCAACAAUGACAAGAAAGAAAAAAAGAAAGAGGCUGUAAAGAAGGUGAUUGCUUCUAUGACAGUGGGCAAAGAUGUGUCAGCUCUGUUUCCCGAUGUCGUCAAUUGUAUGCAAACUGACAAUUUGGAGCUUAAGAAAUUGGUUUAUCUUUAUCUCAUGAACUAUGCAAAGAGCCAACCAGAUAUGGCCAUUAUGGCUGUCAACACUUUUGUUAAGGAGCUUGCAACAUCUCCGAUGACUAAGGACUGUGAGGAUCCAAAUCCAUUGAUAAGAGCACUAGCUGUCCGAACAAUGGGUUGCAUUAGGGUGGAUAAAAUAACUGAAUAUUUAUGUGAACCCUUACGUAAAUGUUUGAAAGAUGAGGACCCUUAUGUUAGAAAAACUGCUGCAGUGUGUGUAGCAAAGCUUUACGACAUCAACGCCAGUAUGGUAGAAGAUCAAGGAUUCCUAGAUCAAUUGAAAGAUUUGCUCUCUGACAGUAAUCCCAUGGUGGUAGCUAAUGCUGUGGCAGCUCUAUCUGAAAUUAACGAAUCAAGUCCAAAUGGUCAACCUUUGGUAGAAAUGAAUGCACAAACUAUUAACAAGCUACUCACAGCUCUGAAUGAGUGUACAGAGUGGGGUCAAGUAUUUAUUCUAGAUUCACUUGCAAAUUACUCACCUCGAGAUGAUAGAGAAGCUCAAAGCAUCUGUGAAAGAAUCACACCUCGUUUAGCUCAUGCCAAUGCAGCUGUAGUUUUAUCUGCAGUUAAGGUAUUGAUGAAAUUAAUGGAAAUGUUACAAUCAGAAUCUGAUUUUGUUGGAACUUUGACGAAAAAAUUGGCACCCCCCUUGGUCACCCUGUUAAGUUCUGAGCCAGAAGUACAGUAUGUUGCAUUGAGAAACAUAAACCUUAUUGUUCAAAAGAGGCCAGAUAUCUUAAAACAUGAAAUGAAAGUCUUUUUUGUUAAGUAUAACGAUCCAAUCUAUGUGAAACUCGAGAAAUUGGAUAUUAUGAUUAGAUUAGCAUCUCAGGCUAAUAUUGCACAGGUUUUGUCUGAGCUCAAAGAGUAUGCAACUGAAGUUGAUGUUGACUUUGUGAGAAAAGCUGUCAGAGCCAUCGGAAGAUGCGCAAUCAAAGUUGAACCAUCUGCAGAACGUUGCGUUUCAACAUUGUUAGAUCUUAUUCAAACUAAGGUAAACUACGUUGUACAAGAGGCAAUUGUUGUUAUCAAAGAUAUCUUCCGAAAAUACCCUAAUAAAUACGAGAGCAUAAUUUCAACUCUAUGCGAAAAUCUCGAUACUCUUGAUGAGCCAGAGGCCCGAGCUUCCAUGAUUUGGAUUAUUGGAGAAUAUGCGGAGCGUAUCGACAAUGCAGACGAAUUGCUAGAGAGCUUCCUCGAAGGAUUCCACGACGAGAAUACUCAAGUUCAAUUGCAAUUACUCACAGCCAUUGUAAAAUUAUUCUUGAAACGACCAACCGAUACUCAAGAACUUGUUCAACAAGUCCUUAGUUUAGCUACGCAAGACUCCGACAAUCCUGAUCUUCGAGACCGUGGAUUCAUUUAUUGGCGUUUAUUGAGUACCGAUCCUGCCGCUGCCAAAGAGGUGGUGCUCGCAGAAAAACCAUUGAUUUCCGAAGAAACAGAUUUGCUGGAGCCUACCCUAUUGGAUGAAUUGAUUUGUCACAUAUCAAGUUUGGCUUCCGUUUAUCAUAAACCACCAACUGCAUUUGUAGAAGGCAGAUCAGCUGGCUUGAGGAAAUCUCUACCCGCUAGAACGAGCUCCGGUGAAGAAAGUAGACAACCCCAAGCUCAAGUUAUACCCGCACAAGACUCGCUUAUUGGCGAUCUUCUCAGUAUGGAUAUUGGUGGUCCAACUUUGGUAACACCAGCACCUGCCGCAUCGGCAGGUCUGGAUCUUUUGAGCAGUGGAUUGGACAGUAUUCUAGGAGGAGACUUGACCACUUCUCAACCAGCAGUAUCACAAACUACUACUGGUUUAUUAGGCGAUAUAUUUGGUUUUACCGCUGGCACAACAUCUUAUGUCGCACCAAAAACCAAUUGGCUUCCUGCUGAAAAAGGAAAGGGUUUCGAUGUUUGGGGCACUUUUUCCCGGAAAAAUGGUCAAAUAAAUAUGGACUUGACAUUUACCAACAAAGCCAUGCAGCCUAUGGGUGGUUUUGCUAUCCAGUUAAAUAAAAAUAGUUUCGGCCUUGCUCCUGCAGCUCCGUUGCAAGUACCAGCACCGCUUAAUCCAGGUCAAAGUAUAGAAGUUAGCAUUGUUUUAUCAACUAUUGGAGCAGUACAGCGAAUGGAGCCUCUCAAUAAUCUUCAAGUUGCGAUAAAAAAUAAUAUAGAUGUAUUCUACUUUGCUUGUUUGGUACCAAUGAACGUUUACUUUUCUGAAGAUGGUCAACUUGAUAAACGAGUCUUCUUAUCAACAUGGAAAGAUAUACCUGCUCAAAAUGAAGUUCAAUACACUUUGACUGGUAUCAUGUUAACUACUGAUCAAGUUGUAACUAAGAUGCAACAAAAUAAUGUCUUUACUAUAGCCAAGAGAAAUGUAGAGGGACAAGAUAUGUUGUACCAAUCGUUGAAGCUAGUAAACAAUGUUUGGGUGCUUAUAGAAUUGAAAAUCCAACCAGGAAACCCAGAUAUUUUGUUAUCAUUAAAGUCAAGAUCUGUUGAAGUUGCUAGUGGAAUAUUCCAAGCUUAUAAUUCUAUUUUGUAUUCUUAAAUUGAUCAUCAUUCCAUUGAUAUUUAAAGUUUUUUGUGUACAUUUGUUGAUUAUAACAUUAUCUAGCGUUGGUGCCUCUAAGCAAAUUACAUUUUUAAAGCACUUAUGCAAAGUAUUGUGUAUGAGUCUAAUUUUAAUGAUUUUAAGACAAAGAUGUAUUAAUAUCAUGUGCCCAAGUGGAGAUUAUAUGUAAAAUAAAAUAAGUCCUGUUUAUUUAUUAAAA